UUUGCGCGCUCUGAUCCAUACAUAUUUUGGAGUCAGGUUCUUAAUUAGAGCGCGCUUGCCGCAUCCUGUAGCUGGUGGCGCGUGUGCGGGGUAGCGUGAGCGUGUGAGUCUAUUGAAAGUCUCUGUGUGUGUGUGUGUGUGUCCUGGGAGAGAGUGGCUCUGGGCUGAAGGUGCGCCUGAGCCUCCUGUCUCGUCUCCCUUCCAUCGCCUCGCGUGCAGGUGCCACGUUCCUAACGUGCCGAGAGGCUUAAAGCGCGCACAUCACGCAGACGGCCAUGGCGGAGGAUCCGCAACACGGGGACACCCAUCAUCACCCGGAGUGUGUGAGCGGACAGAGGGAGGCUGAUAAAGAGCCGAACAAAGAGGGAGAAGGAGAGAAAGAGGGAGAGGGAUCCGGUGAGACUUUCACCAUGGAGCAGGAGAUGAAGAUCAGCGACGUGGAAGAUAAAGAUCUUCUAGAAAGCAGUCUGCGUCUGAAACCCCACGAGGCACAAAGUUACCGGAAGAAGGCGUUGUGGGUAUCAUGGGUGUCCAUCGUGGUGACGCUGAUCCUUGCCAUCGCAGCUUUUACUGUUUCUGCCAUGAGAAGCAGCGCCUCUGCAUUUGGCUUUGCUUUUGACGCCGCACUAGACGUACUGAGCUCCAUCAUUGUGCUGUGGCGCUACAGCAACGCAGCAGCCGUGCACUCUGCCCACAGAGAGUACAUGGCUUGUGUGGUUUUGGGGGUGGUGUUUAUCCUGUCUGCACUAACCAUCCUGGUUAAGGCUAUCCAUGAUCUGGCUACCAGAGUGCUCCCUGAAGUGGACGACUUCCUCUACAGCGUGUCGGUGCUCAGUGGCCUGGUGUGCACAAUUCUGGCUGUGCUGAAGUGCAUGCUUGGUAAAGUGCUAACCAGCAGGGCACUCAUCACUGAUGGCUUUAACUCGCUGGUGGGCGGAGUCAUGGGUUUCUCCAUCCUCAUCAGCGCUGAAGUGUUUAAGCACAACCCGAAGGUUUGGUAUUUGGACGGCACUAUUGGUGUGCUGAUUGGACUCAUCAUCCUCGCUUAUGGCAUCAAGCUGCUGAUUGACAUUGUCCCUCGAGUGAGACAAACCAGACACUAUGAGCGCUUCGAGUAGGAUCAACAGCACACAGUGGAGACAGUGGACUCUAUUUGCAUACACCCACCCACCCACCCACACACACACACACACACACACACACGAGAUUCUCGACAAGAAGGGAAGCACUCACCCACGCACAAACACUCCAAUACAUAUAACACACACACAAUACACAAUGCAUCACAGCAAUCUUUCAUUGUCUCCAGUGUCACCCCUGUUCUGUGAAGAUGCUCUGAAUAAGACGAAGAUGAAGUAGAACAAGAACAGGAACAGGAACAAAAGUCUUGAAGAUAUUAAACUGGGUCAAGGGAGCGUUCUUCAUGAGUCUGGCAAAUCUACUACAGCUGAUCUUGAUGAUGUUUAAAAAGGACAUUAACCAUCUUAAAAAUACUGAGAUACUGAGUAUGUCUUUAUGUGUAUUUAUCAUUUGUCAAGAUGAGAAAGCGUCUUGCAAUGAAAACACACCUGCUCUUAUACACUCAUUACAUGUGGCUGGGCGUGCCAGAGACUGGAGUGUCUGGCGAAAAAUAAAAAAAAAGGAGAGAGAGAGAGAGAGAGAAAGAGGUACCUCAAGCGGUACCUCAGACACAAAACUAUACUUAGCAUUCAUUCAUCUUCAGCAGGAUCAUUCUGUGCACCUAGAGCGACAAAUGAAGAAGCAGCUGCCACGCUGUUACUGUAACUAGAAUUUCGCCUCAUCUGGACAUUUUUCUUCCUUAAAUGUGAUUACAGGAUGUGGAUUUCUUCGCCAGGUGGACGUCUACCUCUCUACAAACCCGCUAGGUGCAGUACAAUCACAUCCUGCAGCUCAUACAGUAAUAAUGGACAGAUAUGACAGAGCAUCAUAAGUAGAGUAGAAAAAUGUGAUUGAAACAACAGGCACAAGAAGCACACUCCAACGCAGCUGUCCAAACCGGAACAUCCAAGAGUUAGAACAGCACAGAAAGAUUAGCACACUCAUAAUUCUUAAUAGUGUACAUAAACACUCAGAGUUACGUUGUUCUGAAAGUCAAAAGUUUAAUUUAUAAUAAUUAUGUAUACUUAUACAUUGUUUAUCGUAGAUUUAUUAGUAGUAGUAAACAUUCGAGUUUGAUGAAUAUGCUACGUAAUUAAUGUAAAUGAUUGGAAUUAGCUAGAAUUUGCCGGUGUUAGGUUAGGUGACGUGGCUGGUGUACACAUUCAAAUGGUGCAGUCAUGUGUUACGUUCGAUUAAUUCAAAGCAAGGUAUCGUCUUCUGAUGAAGUAUUUUCCGUUUACGCACAAAUUGUACGAAUGUGAUCGUACGGUGAUUAGCACAGCUCUGGUUUCAGGGUUCUAAAGUCUAAAAAGUCUAAAAGACAUUUUACUGGAAAAAAGUAUCUUACUGUGUGAUGUCAACUUUGAAGAAAUUAGCCAGGUAUUUGGAGAAAACAUGUUACUAGUCAAUAAACCGCUGGUCAUAUCACAAUGUUAUAAAUAAACUUCUCUAUAUUGAUAGUUUUUACCUAUAUAUAACUCAUAACCGCAUACUUUUUCAUUGCAGCUCAAUUUUCAGACUUCAGCUUUGGGACAGCACUGAAUUGUGGGAUUAGAAAUCAUUCUGAUACACAGCUGUAGAAAACUUAAGUUAAAAAAAGUGUUCAGAAUGAGUAUAUUGUGAAUAAAAGUCCUGGGAUGAGCACCGAACAGUCUUAAUGAUUACAGCAGCAGUUCUUCAGUAUCUAAAUCUACAGUAUCCAGGUGACCAGGUUAGGAAGUUCUUUAGAGUAUGACCUUUCCAAUAAGAAGCAAAGAGGCUAACCCCUUUUUUUUUUGCCAGUCAAUUUAUUAAUAGUAUCAUUGACCUUUGUUCUAGCUAGUGGCUAGUAUUAGUCUUGUAUAACUUCUCAUUCCAUGGUCAGAUUACCUCACAAACUCUAGUCUUAUUCUUGCUUUUGUAACAGUCAUUUCAUGAAACUAUUAUUUGAAACUUAAAGUUACUUCACUUGAAAAAUAAUCAAAACCCCUCAUGAACACUAAUCCAAGCUAAUCUAGUUAAAGACUAAAGUCUGUUAAGCUAACCAUUGUUUACAUUUUUUUAAAUUUAUUUCUAACUUGGUUAUUUCUGUCAUUAAUUCACCUAUAGAAUUCUAAUUCUAGCUAGGAACUAGCAUUAGACUUAUGUGGCUUAUAGAACAUACACAUUGUCCUUUAAUAUUUGUUUAGGAGUCAAUUAUUAGAGUUUUAUAUUAAAGUUGGUUAUUAAUCAAAUCACCUCACAAAUGAUAAUUCUAGCUAGUUAAAGAUUAGCAUUCAGAUUAUGUAACUUUUCUGAUGCUCAUAUCACAGUCCAUUCAGCUAGUCUUGCUAGGACAUAGCAUUAGGCUCAUGUAGUAAAUGAUACUUCUACUGUAGCUAGUCUAGUUAGAUACUGGCACUAGAUUGAUGUAGCUUACAUGUUUAUUUAUUUACU